UUUUCAGUGCUAACGGUAUUGAAACUACCAGUCAAUGAUUGACUUACUUAGAUAAUUUUUUCAACUCUUUCGAUAUAUAAAUAAUAUUACAUGAAGCUCGAUGUUUUUAUCAGAAAAAAAGCUACGAGACUUCUUGAGAACGCAUGGAUCGUUUGCAUCUUCUCAUUACAUUUUCUUUCUUUUCUUCACGGUUUUGUUUUGGUGUCGAUGUACUCUUGUUCUCUAGCGAGCUCACCGAUUCAGAGACGCUUGUCUCCAACAGCAGCACUUUCAGGUUUGGUUUCUUCAGUCCGAUUAAUCGCUACGCUGGGACUUGGUUCAAUAACAUUCCUGUGCAGACCGUGGUUUGGGUAGCAAACAGAGACAGCCCGAUCAAUGACUCUUCGGGAGUGAUUAUGAUAAAAGAUGUGGUUGAAUGGUCCAUGAAUGUCUCACGCCCGGUAGUAUCUGCUAAUGCCACAUAUGCAAGGCUCCUGAAUACAGGGAACCUCAUAGUGCAAGGGAAUUCAAACAAUGAUGAUAAUAUUCUUUGGGAGAGUUUUGAUCAUCCUCAAAACACAUAUUUGCCAACAAUGAGACUUGCUACUGAUGUGAGAAUGGGGAAGAGCCUUAAGCUUAGCUCUUGGAAAAGCCCGUCUGAUCCUUCUCCUGGACGCUACUCUGCCGGUUUGUGUACUCUACCAUUUCUAGAUUUUGUCAUCUGAAAAUUCGCCAGUUGCCAAUCCAGGUUAAAUCCACCUUGCAAGUGUAGAGGAUUUGAGCCCCAAAGUCAUACGGAGUGGAACAGCGGAAACUGGAC